AUGUGUAUGGUCAUAUUCGCUCCGCUAUUUGCUGUUUUUGCGUUUGCGACAUGUGGGGGAUAUUCUGGCCAGAUACAGGUUAAAGUUGAAUGCAUGGACAAAACCCAAAGCAACAUUACCAUCACCUUCACUUAUCCAUUCAGACUGCAGCAGGUGCACUUUAACGCUCCUCUCUGUGAGAAUAAGAGAUAUGAGACCCUUUUCCUUGAGGGUGACUUCUCCUCAUCAGCACAGUUCUUUGUUACCGUGUCUGUGUUGGCUUUUCUGUACUCGCUUGUAGCGACAGUCAUCUACAUCUUCUACCAGAACAAGUACAGAGACAAAAACAGAGGUCCUCUUGUGGAUUUCCUAGUGACCGUGGUUUUCUCAGGUCUGUGGUUUGUAAGCUCAAUAGUCUGGGCUAAAACUCUUUCGGGUAUGAAAACAGCCACUGGUAUGAAUCAGAUACAGAUGUUGAUGUCCAGCUGCAGCGAUCAACAUAAUCUGUGUGAAACACUACAUGAGCCCUCAUGGACCAGUUUGAAUAUAUCUGUGGUCUUUGGCUUUUUGAAUUUCUUCCUAUGGGCUGGUAACAUUUGGUUUGCAUACAAAGAAACAGGCUUACACAAGACCGGCCAGCGCUACCCCUCCAGAACUCCCUCUGAGAAACGCAGUGGCAGCUUCAGGCAGUAUAGUCAAAGCAGUUUUGACCAAUCAGGCUUCGGACAGAGGCUCUACAGCCAGGCGAGUUUUGACCUAUCAGGUGGAGGCCUGAGCUUACUGCAGACCAGUCUGGGACAACCGAAUCCUUACAGACAGAUGGGAAGUCCGACCUCCAGAGGACCGCUCAUAUUUGUUAAUGAGAGUCAGUGA